AUGGUCCUAUUCUGGACCCCUACGGCCGCGUCACGUAACAAGCCGGGUCCGAUCAUUGGCUAUAUUGGAGCUUUCAGCGUUUGGUGGCUUGGUGGACCUCCUGACACUCAUGCAUCUUGUGCCGCAGGUCCACGACCUCAUUACCUUGCACCGCAUCUCCAGCUUGCAGCCGUUCUGCCACAAGGCGCGGUCGUAGCAAAUACCUCGGUACCUAAGGUAUCCAAACACCUCACCUCUAUUAAGUCGGCCCUUAUAAGAGUGCUAUUACAAGCUCAACCGAAUCCUUCGUCGAUAUACGACCGUGAGAUAUUCAUCCUUCUCUGUAUCAGCGAUCGCAGAGUCCUUCCAAGCUUCUUCUACGAUCAACUAGCGGCUCUUCAAACCCAGCUUCCGCGUGGGUCCCUCGUCCAGAACCGGGAAAGCCUCGAUGCCAAUGCGGCACGAAAACGGGAACGGGCGCUCGAGCGUCGACCAACACUCGGCUCAACUAAGUUUAGUCUACAAGACGGGACGAUUUUCCCUUCUCUUAGCGACGUCCUACUAUUUGUCACCGGUAAUAUACCGCGAGCAUGGGAUGUUUGA